AAGCCAAACAGACGGGGUCGAAAGUCCAUCUGGCUGCGGACGCUCAGAAACCGACCUCACUGGAGACUCUGUUGGUUUCAAGGCAUUUUCAUUUUUUUAAAUAACAAUAAUGGAGAUCGAAGUAUUCACGCUGGAUGCCUUCACCAAUUUACCCUUCAAGGGAAAUCCCGCGGCAAUUUGUCCACUAAUGCAAGAGCUGAGUGAUGUCUUGUAUCAGAAGAUAGCUGCAGAGAUGAACCUUUCAGAAACGGCAUUCAUCAUCAGGCUCAACCCCUCUGACGACUUCACUACAGGUUCAAGGUUCCGCCUUCGAUGGUUUACGCCAACUACUGAAGUGAAUCUGUGUGGCCACGCUACUCUGGCCUCUGCAGCAGUACUGUUCCAGUAUAAGAAGAACGUAAAUCCCACACUGGUGUUUGAGACUAGGAGUGGAGAACUGUCCGUCACUCAGCAGGGGGAAGGCUAUGUCAUGGACUUUCCACUAAAUCCACCCACUCAGGAGGAUCCCAAUGAGUUCAGAGACAUUAUCAAGGCAGCAGUUGGAAACCAUCCGGUACAGGGUGUCUAUCUGAGCUCCAACACUAAGAAACUGCUGAUUCGGCUGGCUGACAGCUGUGACAGGUCACUACUGACCAGUCUGAAAGUUGACCCUGCUGUUCUUCAGAGCAGUGAGAGGAGUGGACGAGUCAAAGGAGUCAUCGUCACUAUGAAAGGAUCACCAGACUGCCAGCCAGGAUAUGACUUCUACUCCAGAUACUUUGCUCCGUGGUUCGGUAUCACAGAAGACCCCGUCACCGGAUCGGCCCACACUGUGCUCGGAAGCUACUGGUCUAAAGAACUAGGAAAGAAUAAAAUGUUGGCUUACCAGUGCUCCAGUCGAGGCGGGGAGCUGGAACUUGAAGUGAGAGACGACGGAAGAAUCAACAUAGGUGGCCAAACAGUCACUGUACUGCAGGGAAAACUCAUAGUAUAAUUGUAGACAUAUAAAAAGCAAAGAGGGCUUGAGAUGUAGAGACAGCUAGGUACCUGCAGACAGAGACUUUUUACCACAUGAUAAAAAGUAGAUUUAAAUAAAGCAUGAAACAUACACAA